AUGCAGACAGUACCUGAGACACCAGCAAAGGACAUACAGACAGUGCCUAAGACACCAUCAGAGGAUGCACAGGCAGUGCCUGAGACACCAUCAGAGGACAUACAAACAGUGCCUGUGACACCAUCAGAGAAGGUACAGACAAUGUCUGAGACACCAUCAGAAAACAUGCAGACAGUGCAUGUGACACCAUCAGAGGACAUACAGACAGUGCCUAAGACACCAUCAGAGGAAGUGCAGACUGUGCUUGAGACAUCUUCACAGAAUCUACAGGCAAUGCCUGAGACACCAACAGAGGAUGUACAGACAGUGCCUGAGACGCCAACAGAAAACAUACAGACAGUACCUGACACACCAACAGAGGAUGUAGAGUCAGUGACUAAGAAACCAUCAGAGGAGGUACAGACAGUGCCUGAGACACCAUCAGAGGAGGUACACACAGUGCCUAAGACACCAUCACAUGAUCUACAGGAAUCGCUUGAAACACCACCAGACAACAUAGAGACAGUGCCUGAGACACCACCAGAGAAUACAGUGCCUGAGACACCAACAGAGGACAUACAGACACUGCCUGAGACACCAACAGAGGAGUUACAGACAGUGCCUGAGACACCACCAGAGGAUUUACAGACACUGCCUGAGCCACCAACAGAGGAUGUACAGACAGUGCCUGAGAUGCCACCAGAGGAUGUACAGACUGUGCCUAAGACACCACCAGCUCAUGCAUCAACAGGAAAGGGUAGAGAGUCUGACAGAGGAAAGCACUAUAUGGAAGAAAUAUUUAACUGUAUGGUUAUGUGUGAUGUUUCGGUGUGUAGGAUGAAUGACUUUGGCUAUGUAUGCCAGUUAUGCUGUCCUUCUUCAUUUACUGAAACAGAGAAGGAAGGACAUGCUGGGCUUGAACUGACUGUAAACUAUUAUGGAUCUUCCAGAUAA